CACCCCACAACCCCCCCUAGUGUAACAACAAAGUCCUCGUCGUUCAAACUUUUGUUGCUCCCGUGCUCCACCGCGUGGACAUUGUUCCCGAUCGUCGAAUUUCGGGUCUUUUCCUCUUCGUGAUGGAACAGCGCCAUCGAGCGUUCAGACUUCCAACCUCUGUUGCCUCGACGAUGGAACGGAAAAGAAAGUUGUUGGAAACUGGGGAAGUUGAGAGUCCUACGUGUGUUCCUGAUUCCGUAUUCUGCCGUAUGAUCACCAGUAAGGAAUACAACAGACAGCGAGUAGAAUUCACCCAACAUCAUAUAUCAGAACUUGCGCGAGCGCUUGCUACAAACCAAUCAAAUAUUGCUCCAAAGAAAAAGAAAGAAAUAUUGAAAAAACUCCAGGCCACACAUUCUUCUGCGUACGAGCGCUCUCGGGGCCCAAUGCGCGUCCCCCAUGUGCACCCCGUGUCACCAGAGCCCCCUCUACCCCCUAAACCGACCCCAUCUGUUUUUCUACGCGCCCCGAGCUCGGACCCUCUUUCUCGACGAAGAAAUAAAGCUCGUCGUAACCAAACUUAUCUCUGAUUCACUGUGAAAAUAUUUUACCUUCAAAAUCUAACCUUUAUAUAGUGGGAUGCGGGAAGACGGGACGCUUUUAACUCUAUUUUGUCGUCCCAUUUAGUAGUUAACAAAGAACAUUUAAAGAAUUAUAAAACCAUAUCCUCAUGACUCCCAUAGACCGUUGUUAAUUGUUUAAAACACGAUCAAGAUAUUUGGAUAUCAUGUGCUAAAAGUGUCCCAUCUUACCCCACAGUACUUUAUAUACAUUGUUCCUACUACUGCCAUAACAUGUAACUUCAUCAAAUACCUUUUCCCACCCAUUGGACCAAAAUCAUUGUCAUUUUUUUCAUUUCUUGUCGUUGUGCAAAUAGAUUGAGCCUAAUAUAGUUGUUGUCUCCCUUGUUUAACUGUGCAUUCCUUUGUACUGUGAUAGAUAAUAAUGAAAUGUUUCUGGCGGAUUGCGAAAAUAAUAUAAAUAAUUAUGGAAUCCUUGUCAUUUGUAGUUGCAAAUAAAUCAUAAUAA